AUGAGCGGGAAGACUGUUCUAGUGACUGGCGCUACGGGCCUCCUCGGCCGUGAGGUCGUGAAGGCCUUUGAGCGCAGUGAAUGGUCCGCCAAAGGCACAGGCCUUUCAAGAGCUGAUGGCUCUUCCAUACUCAAAGUUGACCUGAGCAACGUGGACGAAGUCAGAGCGGCUCUUGACACGACGAAACCGCAAGUCGUGAUACACUGCGCGGCAAACAGAUUCCCUGACAAGGUGGACAAGGACCCGGAAGGCACCCGAAAGCUAAACAUUGAGGCUUCAAGAGAUCUUGCCAAACUAUGUGCGGAGCGAUCGAUCUUGCUCGUUUACAUCUCCACAGAUUAUGUCUUCUCGGGCAGGGAAGGUGAAGCUCCGUAUGAGGCGGAUGCUCCUACUGGGCCGACCAACCUGUACGGCCAGACGAAGCUCGACGGGGAGCAUGCUGUCCUAGAUGCAUACAAAGAUGCCGGCAAACAGGGUCUCGGGGUAGUGCUCAGGGUGCCUGUUCUCUACGGACCUGCGGAGACUCCAUCCGAGAGUGCAGUCAACGUCUUGAUGGAUUCUGUCUGGAAAGUACAGAAUCCGGGGGAAAAGGUUAAGAUGGAUCACUGGGCGUUGCGCUAUCCCACGAACACUGAGGAUAUUGGUCGCGUAUGUCACGACAUCGCUGUGAAGUAUCUAGGAACGACCGAUCGCCGCGGGUUGCCCAGUGUAUUACAAUUCUCAAGUGAGGAUAAGUACACCAAGUAUGAGAUCUGCCAGCUCUUUGGUGAGAUCAUGGGCCUUCCAAUCGAUGGAAUCGAGGCAAACACAGAGGGAAAUGAUCCCAACGCGAGUGUUCAGCGCCCGUAUGACUGUCAUCUGAGCACAAAGGCUCUGAAGGAUCUGGACAUCAAUGUUUCAACCCAAGACUUCAAGGGUUGGUGGCGAUGGCAAGCCAAAGCGUACAGAAAAUAG